AUGGACAGAAGCCUCAGAUCAACCUUGCUGGCCACUGUGAUCCCUCCAUCAAUGGGUAUCUGGUUUGAGCUUGACAUAAGUUCAUGUCAAGCCAAAGGCAUAAAUUUGAGUUUUGAUGCUGAAGUCAUGCUUCAUAUGCACAAGGGAAUGGGCAUGUGUGACUUGACUCCUUUGAGUGUUGUUAGAUACCUAAAAGACUAUAGCAAGAAGGGCAGGAAGGUGUACUUGACAGCAGCUCCACAGUGUCCAUACCCUGAUGCUUGGAUGGGAAAUGCCCUAAAGACAGGUCUUUUCGACUAUGUUUGGGUCCAAUUCUACAACACCAACCCACCAUGCCAAUAUGCCUCUGGCUCUAUCACCAAUCUUAAAAAUGCAUGGAAUCAAUGGACCUCAUCUGUUCCAGCCGACAAGAUCUUCUUGGGCCUACCAGCUUCAACUAACGCAGCAGGCAGUGGCUUCAUCCCUGCCUCUGAUCUCACCUCCAAAGUCCUUCCUGCCAUUAAAGGAUCUCCAAAAUAUGGUGGUGUUAUGCUCUGGUCUAGAUACUAUGAUCUUCAAACUGGAUAUAGUUCUUCUAUCAAGAAAUGUCUAGAAGUUGACCAAAGCUAUGUUAUCAUGCACUACUGAAGCAUCUCUCUGGUGGUGCUGUUAUGAAAUUGUGGGAGCAAUGAUGUAAUAGAUCAACAACGCAUAUAAAUAAACAAGAAUCUCGUCUUUUUUAUUUGAAA